CCUUAGAUUCUCCAAAUUUUAUACAUAUUUGGAGCACUUUAAGGAAAUGCUGUCCUAACCCCACUCUGAUACCAUUUAUCUCUUUUCUUCGGUUUGUUUCUGCAGUCAAUGCACAGGAAUGGCUUCAUUUCUUACUCUUUCAUUAGUGUUCAUAUUCUCUCUUUGCAGCAGUUUGGCUUCUGCAGCAAAUCCUCCAGUUCUUGACGGAUUUGUCAACAAUGGAAACUUUGAACAAGGACCAAAGCUAUCAAACCUAAAUAAAACAGUGAUAAUAGGGAAAUACUCUCUCCCCAAAUGGAUAAUCAGCGGCAUAGUCGAGUACAUCUCUGGCGGACCGCAGCCCGGCGGUUUCUACUUUGCCGUCCCGCGUGGAGUUCACGCCGUAAGGCUUGGUAACGAAGCUUCCGUUUCACAAUACAUCAAAAACCUAAAUGCAGGCACAAUAUAUACCUUAACAUUCGGGGCAACCCGAACUUGUGCCCAAGAUGAAGCCCUAAGAAUUUCCGUCAACCCGGGAAGAAUGUCAAGCGAUCUUCCAAUUCAGACAUUGUAUAGCAGUGAUGGAGGAGACACUUAUGCAUGGAGUUUUAAGGCAACCUCAAAUGUUGUUAAGGUUACUUUUCAUAAUCCUGGUAUGCAAGAAGAUCCAACUUGUGGACCACUUUUGGAUGCCAUUGCAAUCAAGGAAAUGUUGCCCCUUACAUACACAAGAGGAAAUUUGGUGAAAAAUGGUGGUUUUGAAGUUGGUCCACAUGUAUUCAAGAACUUCUCGACAGGGAUCCUCGUACUCCCCAAAAGACAAGAUUUAUAUUCACCAAUUCCGGGAUGGAUUGUUGAAUCCUUAAAACCAGUAAAAUACAUCGACUCGAAGCAUUUCAACGUCCCGUCCGGGUUCGCUGCAGUCGAGUUCGUCGGAGGGAGAGAAACUGCCAUUGCACAAAUCAUAAGGACAGUGCCCAACAAAUUCUACAACCUCACAUUCACCAUUGGCGAUGCCAAAAAUGGCUGCCAUGGAUCAAUGACGGUGGAAGCUUUUGCUGGCAAACAGACUGUAAAAGUGCCAUUUACUUCUCAAGGAAAAGGUUGGUUUAAGACAGCAAGUCUUAGGUUUCAAGCAGUUUCGGACAGAACAAGGAUAACAUUUUUUAACCCAUUUUACCACACAAAGAUGCACGACUUUGGACAUAUGUGUGGCCCCGUCUUGGAUGAUGUUAGGGUUUACCCUGUUGCUUAGUGUAUCGGACGCCUUUCUGGUUAAAGAUUGUUAUUUCAUAAAAUUUCCGUUUAUCAUUUUUUA